AUGGACGCUGCGAGCAAUGACACCACAUCGCCAGACCCUCAUUCUACCGCGGGCAGUCCGCAUCGGACAAUUCCGACACCAGUUCAAGAACAGGACCAGAGGAAGAGUCCUGAGACCAAAUUGCGUCAAGGGCCCGGUAACGGCGCAGACCAACUCCCGAAAGGUAACUCCGUUCCUAUCACAAUCAACAGCAACGAGAUUCUGACUUCUGAAGAAGAGCCGAAUCCAAGCGCAAAACCGCAAUUCAUGGUCAAGCUGAAAUACAGUACCAAGAUUCCUGUGACUUCUCCACAAGGUCACCGAAACAUCAGUAAUUCCUCUUCUACUUCUCCGGAGUUGCGCGCGACUCCGGGUGGAUCAGCUAAGCCAUCCAUCGAAACCGCCAUCGUCAAGCAGGAAGUCGAAGACCAUGAAGCUACUGCACCUCGAAACCCAAACUCGACCUCGCCACAAGUCAAGAUCGAGAAACAGAGCGGUGAGCAAGGCUCAGCCCUGAAGCCCCUGAAUGAGCCCACGGGAAGUUCGGGUCAGUCCAUUAUGGUCAAGGACGAGCCUGAGCACGAUGCACAUGAAAAUGUCGACAAUCGAAGUCAGGACCUGAUUAGGGAUGCUAUGAGCAUUGAUGGUCAACUUGGCGACGAGUCAAUACAGGUCUCGGUCGAACAUGACACUUCUGGCAAGCCCUCGGAUGCUCUCGGUGUCCAGGCUGCUACGUCUGAACCCGAGAACUUGAAGGGGACUGCGGCCGUGGAGGUGCAAGAUGUCGAUGACGUCAACGGCGGCUAUCAGCAGAGCGCAAACGGACCAUCGAUCGCACGUGAUAACGACUUGUCGUUUGUCGCCGACACCAACAUGUCUUACCCUUUUGAUGUAGACGAGUGGGCCUCCAUCGCCACGAACCAAGCCGAGGCGGACGCAGCCAGCGGAGCCCGACAACGCCAGCAUUACCAACCGAUCGACCACCAGGCCAUGUCGUCCAACUUUACAUAUCAAAAGAUGAAUAUGCGGCCAGACGAUACAAUCGAUCAAGAGUCUCUGGCCUUUCUUAGUGGCGAAGCUGAAGCUGGGGUACCGUGGAGUCAACGUCAACACGUAUUUACGGAUCCAGUCCGCUUCACCAAGUCUAGUUCACCCUCAAUUGGUAGCGCACGUGCACUGAACCCAGCUGCCAUCCUCCAAGGCCUUUCGCUGUACGGACCGCAUUCAUCCCGCCAUGGGUCGCAACAGCCCGCUGGCAAAAACCGCCAACUUGAUAUCGACUCUGCCUUCAAUCGUCAACAAGAGCUUCAGGCCCUGGUUGAGGAGAAGCAGAGACAGUUGGAUCAAGUCAAGAAGAAGCAAGCGGAGCGUCAGCGAUCGACUCGACAGGUAUCUUACGAUUCUGCCAGUUAUCAUGGCCAGCCAGCUGCUGUACCUUCGUUCCUCUUUGGCCCAAUGAGCUAUCAACGAGCCUCUCCGAGCGGCUCUCAGCAGAUGAACUACGGACAGAACAGCUCGCAUAACUGGACACCAGACCGUCGCACUACCCAAGUCACCCAAAAGGCACGAAAGCAAUUAUUCAACGAGCACGACUGCGACGACGAAGAGGGUAAUGCCUCCGAUGAUGAUGAGCCGCUUCGGACGCGGGUGGAGCGUCACCCAUCAGUCACUAGCCUGAAUGACGACUCAAGCGUCGAGUUUGUCGCGAGCAAUUCCAAACCCAAAAGCAGUGGACCUAUCGUCGACCGGAAGGUAGUGCGCAUGCCACGCCCUCUUCCUCAGCCCGCUUCACCCUCUCCCACACCCACAGAGAACGCGCCACCUUCCUCCGACGACAUCCAACAAAUUGAUUGGACGCUUCCCCGAUAUGAAAUGCAACGCCAGCCUCUCGAGAAAGGCGAAGAUAUUCCUAGCGCAAAGGUCUCACUCCCUGGUAUGGUCCGCGAAGAAGUUCUCCUCUCCCCGGACCACGCAGACGAAGAAGCCCGCCUACUGAUCGAUGUCUUCAUCCCCGGUCAGCAAGCCAUGUCAUCACCAGACCCAGAGCCCGCCGUCGCUCUUCUGAACUUCCACACUAUCACUAUCAUGGUCAUAGAGGCGUACGUCCAAUUCGAAAUUGGCGACGAGUUCGGCAUGGGACGAGGCCACUUCCACCAAGACCACAACCGUGGCGAAGAGGACUACGAGCGCAUGCGCGACGCCGUGAAUGCCGAUACCAACGAGAUCUUCUUUGCCGUCGUCGACCGAUACCGAGCGGGCCUGGAGAGCAAGAAGAAGCCGCUACAACUCAUUCGCGGCACGCAGGAGUUCUGCGACGUGGCGCUUGAUGUAAUCUAUUACAUCAAGCAACAUGGACUGUUGAAGCCAGAACCCAAGGCCAAGAAGGUUAGGGCUGAUAAGGGAACUAAGCGGGGGCCUCAGGCGAAGACUGCGGCAGCUGAAACUGCGGCGAAGGGUAAGGGUAAGGGGACUAAGAGGGGUACGGCGGCCAAGCCGAAUGAGGUGCAGCCUAGGAAGAGGGUGAAGACUGCGCCCGCGGUCGAGGUCAAGAAGAGGAAGAGGAGUAAGCCGGAGCCGGCUCUUACGGUUGUGAGGAAGUGA